AUGCUUAAGCUUCAGGUGCCUUCGAGUCUCCUCGAGUCCGGACCGACCUUUGACGGCGGCUUCGCUGUCUUGGCGGGCUGGAUCUGCCUGAUCUGGUAUACAACGGUGGUGGCUGUUUGCGUCUUGGGAUACUACCAAAUAUGGCGAUAUUUUCUCCAGCGGCCGCGACCAUCUGGUUCCGCCUCCGAUACUGAUGCCCCUCACGUCACUGCUAUUCGCCCUGUGAAAGGCCUCGAACCGAAUCUAUACGAGUGCCUGUCCUCGACUUUCAGUCAAGAUUACCCUCGCGACCGCCUAACCGUCUACUUCUGCGUCUCUUCGCGCGAUGACCCGGCCUUCCCGACCCUGCAAAGGCUCAUGGCGGACUUUUCGCACGCCAACGCGCGCGUCUACAUUGAGGACGAGGACCCGUUGCUCCAACCCGACAAUGACUCCCCGUAUAGCUUAGGUCCCAACCCAAAGAUUCGGAACAUGAGUCGGGCCUACCGCGAAGCAAAGGGUGAUAUCGUCUGGAUCAUCGACUGCAAUGUGUGGGUCGGUAAGGGUGUUUGCGGACGCAUGGUCGACCGACUGUGCGGGCUGGGGGCUCACGCGGGCAAGAAGAAGUACAAAUUCGUACAUCACUUGCCCCUGGUGGUGGACGUGACUGAGAAUGACCACGGGCAGGGAGAGCGAGCCUCGCUUUUGGACACUUCGACUGAUGGGGAACAAUCCGAGGCCGUGUCUGAGGAUGUCCCCGCAGGUACACUUGCGAUGGGCGGCGGCCGCCUGGAGGAAAUGUUUUUGUCGUCCGCACAUGCCAAGAUGUACACUGCCAUCAACACGGUCCUCAUUGCGCCGUGCAUCGUGGGCAAGUCGAACAUGUUCCGGCGCUCUCACCUGGACUACCUGACGGCGCCGUCCCCGAAGGAUCCCCAUCGGCGGAAUCCGGGCAUCGACUACUUCUCUGACAACAUCUGCGAAGAUCACCUGAUCGGCGACCUGCUGUGGAAAAAGCGCGUGCGUGAGGAGAAGGAACAGGGCGAGCGUUUCGGCAAGCACGGCAUGGUCUUCGGGGACCUGGCCUUCCAGCCCGUCGCCCACAUGAGCGUACAGGCAUACGUGGCGCGGCGUGUGCGCUGGUUGCGUGUCCGCAAAUUCACGGUGCUUCUGGCAACCUGGGUCGAGCCGGGCACGGAGUCGCUACUGUGUUCGCUAUAUGGGGCCUGGGGAGUGACGACGUCUCUAGCGCAGUGGCUUCUGGAGAAGGGAUACUCCCGUGCGCAGCACUUGACGACAUGGACGGCUUUCUUCGCCUGUUUCUGCCUCAGCCUAGUAGCCUGGAUCCUAGUCGACUGGACACUCUACAUUAAACUCCAUUCGGCCCGGACGGUCGAGCUCGACGAGAAUACGCCGGUCUUCGCGCGGCCUCCCCGCUCGGGCACCCGACGAAGCUUCCGACAAUGGUUCGGGGCCUGGCUGGGCCGUGAGUUCCUGGCUCUGCCGAUCUGGCUGACGGCGUUCUAUGGCGGCGUCACGGUGACCUGGCGCGAUCGACGAUUCCGAGUCGGAUUGGAUAUGAAGGUGCGCGAAAUUGACGGCGACAAAACGAUUGAAUCCGAGGGAAGCUUUUCCGGGACGAAAGUACGACGGGAUUAA